UAUAAAUUGCGGAGCUCCUUCCAGAGAGGAACAGUAAACACGCCACAACGACAGGAAACCCACAUGGAUUAAACCAACAGAAAGGACUGAAUAUUUCCUCCAACUUGCCGGAUUGUAACUUUUCUAGAGAAUCGAUCAGGUAAAAGUGGCAUGUGCACAUCUUCAGCUUGGAGAAAGUUUAUGCCCAAAAACAUUUCCACAUCAGAACCUCCUUUGAGAACCAGUCUAACUCUUGAGAAAACCUGAAUCUUCGCUCCACUCAAAGACAUGAAAAUGGGUGGCAUGAGAGCUGGAGACGUGAUGCCCUCCGGGACAGUGAAGUUCUUCGGAGCUGGCACGGCAGCCUGCAUUGCUGACCUUAUCACAUUUCCUUUAGACACUGCCAAAGUUAGACUGCAGAUCCAAGGAGAAGCUCAGAAAGCAGAAGGAUUCACUACAGUGAAGUACCGUGGUGUGUUUGGCACCAUCACUACCAUGGUGAGAACAGAAGGACCCAGGAGUUUGUACAACGGGCUGGUGGCAGGUCUCCAGAGACAGAUGAGUUUUGCCUCGGUCCGGAUCGGUCUCUAUGACUCCAUGAAGCAGUUCUACACACGAGGAACUGAAAAUGCUGGGAUUGUCACGCGCCUCAUGGCGGGCUGUACCACAGGCGCCAUGGCUGUGGCUUUUGCACAACCAACAGAUGUAGUGAAGGUGCGCUUCCAGGCCCAGGUACGACAGCUGGACGGUGAGAGGAGAUACAACGGCACCAUUGAUGCCUACAAGACAAUAGCCAGGGAUGAAGGCGUUCGUGGACUUUGGAGAGGCUGCAUGCCAAACAUCACCCGCAACGCCAUAGUAAACUGUGCAGAGCUGGUCACCUACGACACGAUCAAAGAACUCAUUCUCAAGUACGACUUGAUGACAGAUAACCUGCCGUGUCACUUCACUGCUGCUUUUGGUGCAGGUUUCUGCACCACCGUCGUGGCUUCUCCUGUGGAUGUGGUCAAAACCCGUUUCAUGAACUCUGGAAGUGGGCUUUACAGCAGUGCAGUCAACUGUGCUCUCACAAUGCUCAGAAACGAAGGACCUGCAGCUUUCUACAAAGGGUUUGUACCGUCUUUCCUGCGGCUGGGAUCCUGGAACAUUGUGAUGUUUGUAACGUAUGAACAAAUUAAAAGAGGAAUGACCAGAGCACAGCAGUACUGGGAGUCACCAUUUUGACAGCAUCUGGUUGGACUGGUUUAACUUCAUCAUCACAGAGGUACAAAGGCCAAAUCUACAGCACACAGCUCAAAGCUGGAAAAGGACACAUGUGAAGCAGAGACAGCUUUUUGUGGCAAUGGAGCCCAAUUUCUCAGGGGUGGAUGGAUCUCAGACUGCAAACAUGAGAGCAGAAGGAGCUUCAGUGCUGAUGCUCUCUAAAGACUUGUGGCAGGAGGAAACAAUACUUUUUUAGAUUCCUAUAGUGAAAGUCUUCUACAUCAGAUGGAUCUAAACUCCAAAUCUAAAACUUGAUCAACUGACUGAGUGAUGAAGAACUUUUAUGUUUACAAAAAGUGAUCUAAAGAUCAAUAGACUUUGUUUUAGUCUCACGACUAUAAUAGUUUCUGUUCCGUUGGUUGUUUACACUGUUUAUCAUUUUAUGCACACACUUCCUAUUGUGAAUGGUGAUUUAUUGCUGGCCAAUGAGUCAUGUGUAUGUUGCACAUUAAAGAAAUUGAACUUU